CAGCAAACAAAUGAUCCCAUAAAAAGAGGAAACCUGUGUGGGAGAAAAAAAAGAAUAACUCUGGGCACACAGCACAGUCGAGGUCCACAGAUCCCCACAAAUACAAUCACUUUUGUCACACGCAAGCAAAGGCAAUACCGAAGACUACUGAGCGUAAAGAUGCCACUUUCAAGCAGCUCCACGUCCUCAUCAAAGAGCAUCCGCAGAGCAGCAUCCGAGCUGGAGAGGUCUGAUUCCAUCACGUCUCCGAGGUUCUUAGGUAGACGCCAAAGCUUGAUCGAGGACGCGCGGAAGGAGAGGGAAGCCGCCGCCGCCGCUGCUGAAGCUGCAGAGGCCAGUGAGCAGAUAGUGUUUGAGGAGGACGAUGGAAAAGCGCUUCUCAACCUCUUCUUCACUUUAAGAACCUCCAAGACACCUGCACUGUCGCGGACUCUCAAAGUCUUUGAGACAUUCGAAGCCAAGAUUCACCACCUGGAGACGCGACCGUGCCGGAAGCUCAAGGACAGUCUGGGAGGCCUGGAGUACUUUGUUCGCUUUGAGGUUCACCUCUCAGACGUCAACACCCUGAUCAGCUCCAUCAAGAGGAAUGCGGAGGAUGUGAAAACCACCAAAGAAGUCAAAUUUCACUGGUUCCCAAAGAGAAUUGCAGAUUUGGACAAAUGUCACCAUCUGGUCACAAAAUUUGAUCCAGAUUUAGACCAAGAUCAUCCUGGCUACACAGACCCUGUCUACAGGCAGAGGAGGAAAAUGAUUGGAGACAUUGCCUUCAGAUACAGACAUGGGCAGACGAUUCCCCGAGUGGAAUACACCGAGGAGGAGAUCGGCACCUGGCGAGAAGUGUAUUCCACCCUGCGGGACUUGUACACCACCCAUGCCUGCAGUGAAUACCUCGAGGCCUUUCGUCUGCUGGAGAGGCAUUGUGGGUACAGUCCAGACAACAUUCCCCAGUUGGAAGACGUGUCACGCUUCCUCAAAGAGCGGACAGGCUUUCUGCUGCGUCCGGUGGCUGGUUUGCUCUCAGCCAGAGACUUUCUGGCCAGUCUGGCUUUCCGGGUGUUCCAGUGCACCCAGUACAUCCGACACGCCUCCUCCCCUAUGCACUCCCCAGAACCUGACUGCGUCCAUGAGCUGCUGGGCCACGUCCCCAUGCUGGCCGAUCGCACUUUUGCCCAGUUUUCUCAGAACCUUGGACUGGCAUCACUGGGGGCUUCAGAUGAGGAUAUUGAGAAACUGUCCACACUGUACUGGUUCACAGUAGAGUAUGGCUUAUGUAAGCAAAACGGUGAGGUGAGGGCUUAUGGGGCUGGACUGCUGUCCUCUUAUGGAGAACUUGUGCACUCUUUGUCUGACGAACCAGAGACGAGGGAGUUUGAGCCAGAGGCCGCGGCAGUGCAGCCCUAUCAAGACCAGACGUACCAGCCGGUCUACUUCAUCUCCGAGAGUUUCUCAGAUGCCAAGGAGAAAUUCAGGGCCUACGUGGCUGGCAUCAAGCGUCCUUUCUCGGUCAGGUUUGAUCCCUACACCAGCAGUAUCGAAGUCCUGGACAACCCGCUAAAGAUCCAGGGAGGCCUGGAAGGUUUGAAGGACGAGCUGAAGGUGCUGACAGACGCCCUCAGCGUUCUGUCGUGAUGAAGCCCUCGUCGUCAGUGACCGUCCUCGCCAUUUGUUGCUUCCUCUCCGCUGAGCUCUGCGCUGUCCGACGUGUCACCAGACCAAUGUGUUCAUCUUUCUGUGCUGUACUUCCGGUAUGACGCUGAGUUUCUGCUUCUUGUGGCCACCUGGUUGGCCGACAAGGCUGCAACCAUUAAAAACUUCAAAAUGCAGCACCGGCAAACAAAAAAAAAGAAGCUUCAAAGAUGUUUUAAACGCCUCCGGGUUUGUUUGUGAAAUGAUGAUGAAGCGAAAUGUGUCAAAAUUGGAACCAAAAUCCAAGAAGGAACUGUGAUUAUGAAUGUAUUAAAAAAAUAUUAUGGUAUUGUAAAAUCAAAUAAUCCUAAUGAGGUGUAUUAAGGUGUAUAUUUUAAUCAUUUAUUUUAUUUAAGAAAAAAAAUAUCUAAAAGCUAUGUUGAAGGCUUUAUUUUCCAGAUAAUUUGGUUUUAUGCUGUCUUGCAGUGUAUUUUAUGCUGUUUUUGUCCUGCAGUGUAAAUGCAUAAUAAAAAUAAAGAAACACUAAAGCAUCA